AAUGUGCCACACACCCAAUGAGGCCUCAUCUGCCCUUCACUAGUAUUCACCACGACGAGAGAAUGGUUUCUGAGCAUCAAUGCUGAACCGGACCUCCUCGUCUCUCCUGGUUCUGAUUCUGAGUUCUGCUGCUCUGGGAAAAUCUCUGCCCACCGUGAAUGAAACUCUGGACGUCUACGAGGCCGAGGAGAACUCCAACAUCACGCUGAAAUGGAUCCGUCCGGAUCCGAACGCCACGCCGCCUGACCGGCUCUACGUCCAUCUGAUGAGCAUGGAGCCGCUGAGGAGGAUUUAUCGGUUCGACAGCAGAGAUGAGACGUACACAGAUGAUGAGUUCAAAGGUCGACUGCACUGUGACCCCCAGCUGGUCAGGAAUGGAGGGAUCCGGUGUCUCCUGGCUGAAGUGAGGCUCAGCGAUGCGGGUCGGUACCGGUGCUACGUCGUCAUUGACGGAAGAAGAGACCAUAGAGACUGGGAGCUUGUAGUCAGAGCUUCCAUUCCUCAGACUCAGGAGGAAACCCAAGAGCUGGUGGAUCGCGGGAGGUUUGGACUUUAUGUUGGUUUGGGUUUGUUCCUGCUGGCAGCAGGACGACUCGCCCCACUCUGCUGCUGGUUCAGGUUUCAGGUUCAGCUCAUCAAACUCCAGGACAUAGAUUCACCAAAAAUCCACAAUCAAAAUCACUCCCAAUAUUUUUUAUUUUUUUUCAUGACCUGA